AUGCGAAAGAAACUCGGCCUCCCGGCAUCGAGCGAAGUGGGCAUCAUAGCCAAGGCCCUGAAGCCCGUGAUCGAAGUAGCCGAAACGUAUGCUGGCUCCCCGCUGUCAGCCUUGAUCAGCUUUCCGGCAUUACCAGGUCUUUAUCAAGAAGACAUCGCGGAUGCGGCGAGCUAUGUCGGCCUCGCGAAGUUGGGCCCUUGGCUAGAAGCAUCUCAUCCACACGAAGACGUCGCCGCAUACGCAGGAAACGGUCUGGGUCUCUGUAAAGACUACCACAACGAAGAGAAAUGUCGUGAAGAGGGGAGGAACCUCACAUCUCGCCAUACGCUACUGGUCGAACACACUGAGUCCGCGCUUCUUCUACACCGCGACAUCCUUCGGGAAUCGAUCGAGAUAUCGGACCCGUAUAUGGAUCUUGCAACCUCAUUCGACUUAGGUAGUGGUGGUGAGCCUGACGAACUGGACAUACAAGAUUUUGUCCUAAGUUUCUUGUAUCACCAGUAUUAUUACCCGACGCCUCAUCCUCCCGAUUCAAUUACUGUGAUGAUGACGGGUAGUCCCGAAAGUCUCAGCGAUGGGAAAGCUCGGAGGGUUACGAAACGUGUCAUCGAGGCGCUAGGCGCAAAAGCUGAAAUGUUAGAAGAGAACCCUAGCUUCAAAGCUGCAAGAGGCGCAGCUGAGCUGGCAUGGCGAGCGUUGAAGUUCAGUGAAGGUGAAGUUUAUCGCACUUAG